AUGCAGGCAGAAUACACCAAGAGCCCAAGCGCAACUCUCCCCUCCAGUGUGCCCUCAAGCCAGUCCCUGGCGCCCAGUGAGGAUGGUGCCAGAAGCCACUCCAGCCUCUCCGACAGGGAGCCGGCCUGGAACUUACAGGCCAGCAUCAAGCACCGCCUCCAGUACCUUUCUGAGCAGCUUCGGGUGGAGAAGGCCAGCCGGGCCGAGAACAGUGUGUGCUCCCUCAAGCAGGUCUUCAAGAAGGUGAACCAGCAUGCCUCUGCUGCCCUCGCCCAGGAUGCGCAUCGGCUCCGCCUAUGUCACCAGCUGCUCCAGGAGCUGAAGCAGGGCUGCAGGCCCAAGGGCUUCGUGCUGAGGGCGGAAAGCAGCCUGCACUCCUGGGAGCCCCCCCCACCCGACCUGUCUGACAUUGUCAGACGCGUCCUGCUGGAGCCUCAUUCCCUGGCUUGGCAGCCGGGCACCUCCUUGGUGCCAGAGCACACAACCUGGUUGCAGAAGAUGAACCAAGAGCUGAGAGAUGCCAAGGAGUUCCACCGUGGCCUCCAGGUGGCCUACAAGAGCCUGAAGGAGUGCCACCUUGAGUCGCUGCAGGUGUCUCUGGAGUUUCUUCAGGAGGAGCGGUGCAGACAAGCGUCUGUGGAAGAACAGGUGGACGAGCACCUGCAAGGGCACCUGGACGAGAUUUACCACCUCAGGCAGCACCUGGCUGGCGCCGAGGAGAAGAUGGUGUACCUGUCCUACGAGAGCAGCAAGGAAAUCUGGUUGAGGGCCUUGGGCACUUUCUGA